CCUCAGUCCUUUCCUUCUACCCAUGGAGGUCCAGCCUGUCAAUCACCAGGAUAGAACGAGGAGCUGCUCUGCUGCUGCCCUCUUGGGUGAUUGAAGCCUCCCACUUAGAUGGUCCCUGCGUCCCACCGUGCUACGGAGAAGCGAUAGAGGUGACGCAGACCCGCCAGACUACAAGCUGUAAGGCAAGGAAACUCCCUCAGUGGAUGAAAAUAGAAAACGUGAGAACAGCCGGUGGGAGAGAAUGAAGGACGGCAGCGUGACCCUAGUGGAAGAGGGGGUGUCCGUUCUACAGUUCAUGAAGAAGAGAAUCAAAAGUCUCUCUGUAAAUGGAGACGAUGACGCUUUCUACCUGACUGAUCUCAAUGACGUGAUACAGAAACAUUGGCGAUUUCUCCAGCAGCUGCCCCGGGUGAGGCCGUUCUAUGCCGUGAAGUGUAACAGUAGUAUUGAGGUUCUCCAGGUGCUUGCAGCGCUGGGUACAGGAUUUGACUGCGCCAGCAAGACUGAGAUAAAGAUGAUACUAGGGAUGGGAGUACCUGCCACUGAUAUUGUCUAUGCAAAUCCCUGCAAACAGCCGUCUCACAUCCGAUAUGCAGCCAAGCAUGGAGUCAACAGGAUGACGUUUGACUGUGAGAGUGAACUGGAGAAAAUCUCAGAGAAUCACCCAGACACAGAGAUGAUCCUUCGUAUCUGCACUGAUGAUAAGGGAUCGAUAGCCUGUCUCAGCAAGAAGUUUGGUGCCCCCUUAGAGAUAUGUGAGCACCUCCUGAAGAUCGCCAAGAGCCUAAAUGUGUUGGUCACUGGAGUCAGCUUCCAUAUUGGUUCUGGCUCCAGUAACCCCCAGACUUUUCACCAGGCUAUUGCAGAUGCCAGACGUCUGUUUGACAUUGGAAACAAACUGGGGCACCAGAUGAGAGUCUUGGAUAUUGGAGGCGGGUUUCCUGGCCACCCGGAUUUCCGACCAAGAUUUGAGGAGUUUGCUGCUGUGAUCGCUGAGUCACUGGAUCAGUACUUUCCCAGUACGGAGGAUGUGGAAAUCAUUGCAGAGCCCGGGAGAUAUUACGUGUGCUCUGCUUUUACACUUGCUGCCAAUAUCAUAACCAAGAAAGAGGAGUAUGUGAAAGAAGCAGAUGGGAAAGUCAGAAGACAACUGGCCUAUUAUCUCAAUGAUGGGCUGUAUGGGUCAUUCUUGAAUACUUUCAUACGCAAAGAAGAUAAGAGCUUAAAACCAACAUUGUUAAAGGACAUUCUCCCAUCAGCAGAACGCUUUCCCAGUAAGCUAUGGGGACCGUGCUGUACUGAGAAGGAUAUGAUCCUGGAAGAGGUUGCUCUACCAGAGCUGGAAGUAGGGGAUUGGAUCAUAUUCCAGAAUAUGGGAGCUUACCACCAGACUAUGGCAACCACUUUCAAUGGCUUCCUACCACCACCUGUGCACUAUAUUCUCAGCAAAGACCAAUGGAUGAUAUUUGAGAACCAGCUGCACUAGCUGAGGGAUACAUCUCUAUAGGCUUUACUGUGUGUUACUCAUUUGAAGAAUAUUUACUUUUUCUCUUUUUUUACUAUAAUGCUUUUAACAGUAUUUUAGGACAUGCUCAGACACGUGGUUCCACCCCUGAUGUAUUAGUUUUCCAGUCUGGUAACCUAUUGGAUUUUAUAUUUUUAAAUAGCCAUUUUAAUAGAUCAUUUAACUACAGUAUACACAAUAUAUUUUCUUUUAUUUCCAAAAUAAACCUCAU